AUGGGGAACGCCAACUCUCAUGUGCAGGAUGGUGCACCUGUAACUGCGAAAUCGGAAUGCCAAUGCGAGAACAGUGUCCCGCUUCAAACAGCUGCUACCAAAACGGUCGAGGACACACGCUGCUACAAGUGUCGCCUCAACGAAUGGCAUGAGGCCGAGCUGCGAAAAAAGGCCCUAGUCGAGGAAAUGAUCCAAGAGUUCGAAGGCACAAAGCACGAGCUGCGGAAGGCAUUAUCAGCCAUCCGGGCCCAGCGUGAUGCUCACCAGCGACUCCAGCAGAAGCUCCAGGAGUUAGAGAGGCUGGGAGAGCAGUCUAAGGUCUCACUGGAUCGCAAGCCAUAUGUUGUGGUACUUCUUGAUGCGGAUGCCGAUGGAUAUGUGUUCAAAGACAGCUUUCUCGGUCAUGGACAGUCUGGCGGCGAGAAGGCAGCGGACGAGUUACUCGUCAGCGUGCGGAGACAUCUGCAGCACAAUUUUGGAGGCUUGAUCGACGCCGACAUCGUGGUUAGGGCGUAUGCCAACGUGGAGGGCCUGGCCCACGCCCUCAUAAGAGACGGCAAGAUGAAAUCCGUAGCGGAGUUUCGUGCAUUUGUCGCCGGUUUUACAUGCCGCCAACCCUUUUUCGACUUUGUCGAUGUUGGUUCCGGGAAAGAGCGCGCUGACCACAAGAUCCGCGACAACCUUGAGUUCUACAUUGGUAAUUGGCAGUGCAAACACAUCCUGCUUGGUUGCUGCCACGAUGCAGGCUACGCGCCGUUCCUCGGGCGAUUUGCUGGCGACAGUCUGACAUCUGAGCGCAUAUCCUUACUGGAAGCGGAUGUUUGUCCUCCUUCGAUCAGAGACCUGGGAUUCAGGCACACCGAUCGGUUUAGUAACGUAUUCGCAAUCACGUCGGACGUCGGCAAGGGGGCAACUUCGGCCAGCCCACCAGCACGAUACAAGAACAAGAAAGUACAGGCCCAGAGACUGGGGCCGAUUCUCUUGGAUGAAGCCGGCAAACGCUACGACAGACCGUUAGAUGUGCGUUGGAAGCUGGUAGGAGACUUGAAGAGCGCCAAUUUGUGCAACUGGCUCUAUUUGCGUGGCGAGUGCAGCGGUUGUCCCCGCAACCAUGCACGCGCUGCGUUGAGUGACGAAGAGUUUGAUGCUCUUUGUUUUGUGGCUCGUCAAGGACGUUGCUACAAGGACCAGAAGGGUGGCUGUCCAGAUCCGAAGUGCAUUUACGGCCACGGCCAGUCUGUUGGUUAA